AACAGCAGCCCCUCUCCGGGGCCCGAAGCGGCGGCGGCAUCAUGGGCAAGAAGAAAGCGGCGGGUCUGGGCCGAGCCCUCAUCCGGGAGCGCAGCCAGGGCCGAGGGGGACGCCAGGCCGGAGCCGGCUGGCUCCACACAAGUGAACUGAACGAUGGGUACGACUGGGGGCGCCUCAACCUUCAGUCCAUCACUGAGCAGAGCUCGCUAGAGGAGUUCCUGGCUACAGCGGAACUAGCUGGAACUGAGUUUGUUGCGGAGAAACUGAAUAUCAAAAUCGUUCCUGCUGAGGCUCGGACUGGUCUGCUGACAGCAGAAGAAUCUAAAGCCAUCCAAAAGCUGCAUGAGCAAAACAAGCAUUUCUUGUGCAUACCAAGGAGGCCACCCUGGGACAAGCAAACCAGCGCAGAGAUGCUGAAUCAGGCAGAAAGAGACCACUUCUUGGACUGGCGGCGGCGGCUGGCUCGGCUGGAGGAAGAACAGAAACUCCUUUUGACCCCGUUUGAACGGAAUUUGGAUUUUUGGCGCCAGCUGUGGCGAGUCCUCGAAAGAAGUGACGUUGUGGUCCAGAUAGUGGAUGCCAGGAAUCCUCUCCUGUUCAGAUGCCAAGAUCUGGAAUGCUACGCAAAAGAGAUCAGCCCCGAGAAGGAGAACCUCAUUCUGCUCAACAAGGCGGACCUGCUGAGUGAGGGACAGCGCUCCGCCUGGGCCCGCUUCUUCGAGGAGGAAGGGGUGAAAGUGGUGUUCUGGUCAGCUCUGGCGGAGGGCAGGCGGCUGGCAGCGGACUCUAAGGAGACAGAAGCGGUGGAGCUGCCAGACCUGGGUGAUGACCGUUCCCAUCAGCAGGAGCUGCAGACCUCGGACAGCAGUAGCCCAGAAAGUGGCCCCGGCUCUGGCUCAGGGCCUCCUGUGAGCCAAGAGCAGGAGAGCAGCCAAGAGGAAGACAGUGACGUGUACGAGGACUGUGAGGAGGAGGAGGAGGAAGAGGCUUGGCUGACCUGCUCUGAAGAUGAGGAGAACAGAGGGCAGCCUGUGGCUGGUCCCUUGUGGGGAAGCAGGACUGGCGACGCUGAGAUCCAGAGGCCGGAGCCCCACUGGAGCAGGCCUAUCAAGAACAGCAGCCACCUUGUACAAAGAGAUGAACUCCUGGAGAUUUUUAAAUCGGUCCACGCUGGGAAGAGGAAGACCAGAGAGGGUGAAGUCACGGUUGGGCUGGUGGGCUACCCCAACGUUGGCAAGAGCUCGACCAUCAACACCAUCCUGGGAAAGAAGAAGGUGUCCGUGUCUGCCACGCCAGGUCACACAAAGCAUUUCCAGACGCUGUAUGUGGAGCCAGCCCUCUGCCUCUGCGACUGCCCCGGCCUGGUGAUGCCCUCCUUUGUUUCCACGAAGGCUGAGAUGAUUUGCAGCGGGGUCUUGCCCAUAGACCAGAUGAGGGACCACGUCCCGCCCGUCUCUCUCGUCUGCCAGCGCAUCCCACGGCCCAUCUUGGAGGCCACGUAUGGAAUCAACAUCAUCCGGCCUCGAGAGGACGAGGCGCCUGAUCGGCAGCCCACGUCAGAGGAGCUGUUGACCGCUUAUGGAUACAUGAGAGGCUUCAUGACGGAUCACGGGCAGCCGGAUCAGCCCCGCUCAGCCCGCUACGUGCUGAAAGACUACGUCACUGGCAAACUGCUUUAUUGCCACCCUCCCCCUGGACUUGACCCCCAAGACUUCCAGCUCUGGUGUGAGAGGCGUGUGCCGAGCGGGAGCGCACAGUGCCGUGCUGAAACUCAACCUGGCAGGAAUCCAAAGAUAAAGCAGCUUGAAAACCCGGUGGACGGUGCCUUUUUCCAUCAGGAGAACGCCUGUGCCCUGACCAGAGGCAGCCAGUCCGUGAUGGGCUACAGAGCUGGCCCCCGUCCCAGCCCCCUCCGGUGCCCAGCGCCCGGCUCGGAGGACAGCCCCGGAAAGCCCUGGAAGAAGCACGGCAACAGGAACAAGAAGGAGAAGAUCCGCCGCAUCACCAAGCAUUUGGAGGCGUAACGGGGCCCGUCGGACGUGGCUCUCUGGCCCUCUCCGGAUGGGCCGGGGGGUGGCCCUUGUCCCAGCCAGAGGAGGGCAGGUGGCCAGGCAAAGGGCUGGGCCCUGCGGCCUGCCCCAGCGGCCCUUCUCAAAUGCCAGGGCCAGAGUCCCUCAAGCCCUGCAGCCUCGAGGAGCGGCACCCAGGUGCUCGGAGGCUUCCUCGGGGAGCGUGUGCAGCAGGCCCUGCUCGGCUCUCCCUUUGGCUUGGGAUCCUGCAGCCCCAUUCAGCGGAAGUGGCAGCUGGAGCAGAAGGCGGUUUUUCGCUCUGUGGGAAUAAAAGUUUCUUACAUUUUCAA